AGGGAGCCAGGUGCAGGUGGGAGGGUCUGUAGUGCACCCUAUAAAAAGCACUUGAGAGCACACUGAGGCUUGGAAAAAACAUCCAAGACUUCCCAUCAAAAUGGACAAACUGCUGAUUCUUGCUGGGCUGGCCUUGCUGCUACAGCUGGGCACAGCAACCAAAAUCGUCUGCUACUUCACCAACUGGAGCCAGUACCAGGAUGGGAUUGCCCGCUACAUGCCCCAGGAUAUAGACCCCUGCUUCUGCACACACAUCAUCUAUGCCUAUGCUGGCAUGGAAAAUAACGAGAUCAAAACCACCGAGUGGGAUGAUGAGCCUCUCUAUGUUGGCAUCAACGGCCUCAAGGAUUACAACUUGAAACUGAAAACCCUGCUAUCUGUUGGUGGCUGGAAAUUUGGAACCCAGGGAUUCUCUGAUAUGGUCACCACUGCUGAGAACUGCCAGACCUUCAUCCAGUCGGCCAUACAGUUUCUGAGGAAGUACAACUUUGAUGGGCUGGACAUUGAUUGGGAGUACCCGGGCAAUCGUGGGAGCCCAGCUAACACACAGCAGCUCUUCACUGUCCUGUUAAAGGAAAUGUAUGAGGCUUUUGAGCAAGAAGAAAUCCAGAGUAAGAAGCCCAGGUUGCUGAUUUCUGCUGCUGUGUCCGCUGCAAAAGGAAUCAUUGAGACUGCCUAUCAGAUCCCUGAGAUAUCCAGGUACUUGGACCUCAUUAACAUGAUGACCUAUGACCUAAGGGGCUCCUGGGAGGGCUUCACAGGAGAGAACAGCCCCCUGUCUGCAGGACCCAAUGACCAAGGAGACUACCAGUUCCUAAAUGUGGAUUAUGCAAUGAACUACUGGAAGGACCAAGGUGCCCCUGCUGAGAAGCUGAUGGUGGGCUUCGGGGCUUAUGCCCGCACCUUCACUCUUGCUAACCCUGCCAACAACAUGCUGGGUGCUCCCACCUCUGGCCCCGGGACAGCUGGACCCUACACUCAGGAUGCCGGGACUCUUGCCUACUUUGAGGUCUGCUCCUUCCUGGAAGGGGCCACGGAGGUAUGGAACACCCCCCAGCAGGUGCCCUACGCCUACAAGGAGUACCAGUGGAUCGGGUACGAUAACCCCAAGAGCUUCACCCUCAAGGCCGAGUGGCUGCUGAGGUACGGCUUUGGAGGGGCCAUGUUGUGGGCCAUAGACAUGGAUGACUUCACGGGCUUGUUCUGUGGACAGGGAAAAUACCCUCUCAUGAACGCUCUCAAAUAUGCCCUUGGUGUCUCCACUUCCAGUAAGUUGCAGAGUGCCUGCCUCUACUCUAGGUGCCAGCAGUGGCCCGCAUCGUCACUGUGGCUACCUAUGGGUGGCAGCUCUAGAGGAUCCUGUGCAGGAAAGUCCAAUGGCCUCUAUCCCAGACCCACCAGCAUGAACAUCUUCUACAACUGCGUGAAUGGGUACACCUAUCAGGAGGCUUGUCAGCAAGGUCUGGUCUUGGACACCAGGUUUUCUUGCUGUAACUGGUCUUAAAUCACCCACCUUUUGGAGCCUUUGGGGAUUACAGGAGAGAAGAUGAUUAAAUGAAAGUUUUGCAUAAGAAAGCCAAA